AUGGAGAGCUACACUGAAAUCCAGUCCUCAGAUGCUCUGGUCAUUCAGGUUGACGGAGAGUGGCGGAACGCUAUCCAAUGGGUAUUUUACAGUGACCAUGCCGAAGAACUCUUUGCCCAGUGCUGCAAAGGAAAGAUAUGGAUCCAUUCCAUUGGAAAGCUGGUCGAAGCUUUCAAAUAG